AUGAGCAUCAGAGGACAUCUUGAAGCCCUCGGGGUGAAGCCACCAUCAUUGUCUGACCAAGAGGCAAAACCUUCAGCUGAGGACUUGGGGAUCAAGAAAGAAGGAGACUACAUCAGACUCAAAGUCACUGGACAGGGUAGCAGUGAGAUUCACUUCAAGGUGAAAAUGAAAACACAUCUCAAGAAACUCAAAGAAUCAUACUGUCAGAGACAGGGGGUUCCAGUGAACAGGGGGUUUCUCUUUGAAGGUCAGAAAAUUGCUGAUAAUCACACUCCAAAAGAACUGGGAAGGGAGGAAGAAGAUGUGAUUGAAGUUUAUCAGGAACAAACGGAUCAUUCAACAGUUUAG